CUCGUCCUCGACGUCAUGAGGGGUUGUGCUUCUGGUGGGAGUCUUUGUGUUCGAUACCGGCGGCCCUUGAAGGAAAGAAAGACUCUCGUUUGCAAAACGCCGCGUGUUCGAGCACCAAGCACCAUCGCCCCGGCGAGUUCUGCCUUCAGACGAGAGCCUGCUUGGUGCUUCGAGUCGCGACGACUGCAAGAGGCCUUUUUCAACAAGACUCGGGCUAAUCCAUUCGAGAGAGACUUUUCUUCUUCUCCACUCCGCGGGCCGAGAGUAAUUAUGAGAGCUCCAAAGGGCACGUUCGCCACUGCAGCGGCGCAGCACGCGGGACUACCACAAGGCACGGUGCACAAACAAGUCGUCAUCGUCGGUAAUGGACCAAGCGGAAUCGCUUUAUCUCACAUGCUCAACGGCAACUGGCCGUACUACAACGGUCAGCCACAUCCGACUGAUGAAGAUUUGACCGCCAGACUGGCAAUGGAACCUCAGGGUCUUUCAAUCGUAGAACAAGACUUGCAAUUUCUAUCUCAGGGAUUAGAAGGGCGUUCGAAUAACGCUGUUUCGCUGCUCUUCGACUGCCUGAACCUGCCGUGCGCAGACCUUGGCGUGGACAGUGAACCCUUGCUAGGGUGGCAGUACCACCCAGACAAGUACGUGGAUCACGUAGUGCUGGGCAAGGGACCACCUGGUGGCUCGUGGCAGACUAUGGACGGCAGUGUCUUGACAAUCAGUCUUUCCCGCUGGAUGGAGCUGCCCGGCCUGGACUUUCGGUGCUUUGGGGGUGGCGGGCCGCCCAUUUGCAGAGACUCGCGCGCCUCAGUGGCCUCUUUGGCCAAGUACUACAGCGACUACGUCAAAUUGCGACACCUCCAGUCCAACUUUCGGUGUGGCACCAUCGUCACCAGGGUGACGCCAUUGCCUGACAACCAGUGGCUCAUCUCAGGGGUGGAGCAGGCAGGGGACGAGGGCGCCCCCGACCUGCCCUUUAACUACGUCACAUCGCAUCUCGUCCUGGCAACUGGGAAUUGCGAUCGUCCCAACAAACUCAAGGUUCCUGGGGACUCUGAGCCCUUUGUUGUAUACUCCUUGCUGGACAUCGAGCGAAUGGUGAAGCAGGGAAAGCUCGGCGAGCACUCCGAUCCCGUCCUGGUCGUGGGCGCAGGGUUAAGCGCAGCCGACGCCAUCAUCUCUUGCCGCUUCCACGGUUUGCCCGUGUUGCACGCCUUCAGAAGGUCUUCAGGCGACCCUGGUUUUGUGUUCAAGCAGCUACCUGAGAACAUGUACCCUGAGUACCACAAAGUGCACCAGAUGAUGACCGACGGUGGAAAGAGCUACAAGAACUACAGGUCGCUGCCCGAGCACAAGAUCAUUGAAAUCAGGCCAGACAACAAGGUGAGAUUAAUGGGUCCAGGAGACAAUGGCAGCUCAGCAUGCUAUGUUAUCAAAGUUUCGGCAGUUGUGGCCUUGCUCGGCGCACAACCUGACCUGGACUUCAUGCCGAUGGCAGGUGCCGGUCUGGGCGUACUGAAGGACCUCCCAGUGGCCAGUCGGUCGAACCCUGUCCACAUCGAUCCAUUCAGCUACGAGUGUUCCUCGGCGCCUGGUCUGUACGCCAUUGGAUCCCUGGCCGGGGACAAUUUGGUUCGCUUCGUGCACGGAGGUGCACUCGCAUUUACCAGUCACAUUCACAAGCAGAUGACGUCUGAAGCCAAUGACACCGCUGAGGAGACUGUGGACGUCUGACCCGAGCUCACUGCCUCAAGUGCCGUCGAUAAAGAAAUUAACUGAGGAUGAUGAUUUUUUUUUAUUCUUCACAAAGUAAUCCUCUUUUCUUACAAUGUGAUUGUUCAAAUUAAUGAAUUUGAUCGAUUGAUUGACAUGUGCGUGUGGCUUUUUAUAUUAAAAUGGUCUAGUUCGUACACGCACAAGCAUUGUUUGUACAAGGAUUUCUACUUUUUUAGUAGGAGAGAGUUGAUAAUGUUAUAUAUUAUAUAAUUUAAUGAUGAAAUAUUUAACUGCACUCACUCGAAAAGGUUGUUAAAUAGCGAGUAGCUCAUUUUUCAAGAACUGUGAGAAAACUAUUAAAAGCACCGAAUAUGUGUUAAAGACUGUGAAGUUGGAAUUCCAGGUCGAAUGCAAACGAUUUGGACGCGAUGUUUGAAAACUGGCUGAUUCUGAUUACUUUUUAGAUGUUUACUCUCAGUGAGUACCUGUAAAACUAAGUAUUGAUCGUGGCGAUGUUAUCUACCGAAGAGUUAAUUCUAUUUUUAUCUGGGCCGGACCCUGAGACUUCUUAAAAACUAAUUAUGUUCAUUCCAAUUAUUAUAAUGUUGCAAAUAAAAAGAAAAUAAUUAGGACAAACA